GGUCAUCAUUUUCCGCAAGUGCCGGCGGCGCCGUCGCAGACGAUGGCACCGCUGUGCUCCCUGAGACGGCGUUCCGUUCCCGCUCGUCUCGUAGAUCCGAAAAAUAACGGGCCGCGUAAUCCACCAAAUCCGUCGGAUGCUCUAUCAUCACGUUCACGGUGAAUUCCAGCAGCAAGUUCGUCAACUCGGGAGGGACUUCGUAGCGAGGCCGAUUCAUCGUGGUGCCGCUGCUGUUCGUUCCGGUUUUGCUUUGUGCUUUUUCUUGUUCACGCCGGUUCCUGCCCCACCAUUAACGCCUGUGAACAGGAAAAUCAGUCACUUGAUCACUGUACGCAAUGCUAUGCUUCUUGGAGUGGCCGGACGCGCGGGGAAGCCUCAAAGGUGGCGGCAGAGGCAGAAUCUCACAACCGCCGAGUCGAACCACCGGGAGAGCUGGGUUUUAUGGAAGCGGUGCUCUUCGCGGGAAGUCAGGUUGGAGGGGGAGUCACAGGACGGAGUUAAAUAAGAAGUACCCACUUCCUUAUUUCAAAUCAGGCAGGGUCAACACCACAACUCGAACCGCGACCUCCACGGCGGUAAACUCUCUCUCUCCGUCAAGCUUCUAUGGGUUGACGUUAGAUGAUGACAUGGCGCUAAUGUCUUUCCCAGUGGCGACAUCUCCUGACAGAAUUAAAAACUACCGCUGGAAGAUUUCUGGGGCCACCAUGCGUGUAAACAAGCCGUAAUUUUCGUUGAAACGAUGUAAAUUGGUGUUCCGAGGCUGGAACAGUGAUUUUCAUAGUUUUUUUUAUCAAGUUGUAUUGUUUUCUGCAACCUACCACAAUGGGCGGAGAAGUAACACUUGAGAGUUGAGACGAAAGUACAACGGAAGACUUCGCCUUAUCUGGAGUAUGCGCCAGUGGUAUACGCAAUCGGAGCAAGCGGGUUGCUCUGUACCUGUACGCUAUCUCCUCCUAUUUUAUACGAAUACUUGUUUCCAGACAUCAUAGAGAAGCCAUUCAACUGUAGGAAAUGGGAAUGUCAGUCACGACAGAAGAGAGCAGUGGCUGGAAUGAAAUUGUGCGAGACUUUGCCGAGAACACGAGCGUGCUGCAACCAGAUCAGAUUUGUACAAGAGUCAGAAACCUCGGGCUGUACCUUGUGCAGCAAGGAGUGAGCUUGGCUGACAGUCGUAAACACUUGACCGUGAAAGAUUUGACUGUCAUUAACAAAGUUAUCCGCGCAGCCGGGGUUCUACUUGCGGAAGGCAGAAGCGGCUUUGAAGUAAUUCGUGCCAACGAUGCAGAGGGUAACGACGUCUCGGAGGAAUCCCUCGUGGAUGCUGCGUUUCUGUUCUGCUGGCUCCUGAGAACAAAGCUGAACGUCACAUCCGUCGACAUCAGAGGCACGCUGCUCUUGACACGCGUGCCUUUCGUUCUAAAACUAGGGCUGUCAUCAAACAACGGUGUUCGAAAGAUUAAAGUAGGCUUGUGGGAAGACAAAACAGAGGUACAUGGCACUUAUCUGGCGCAAGGGCUCCAUGUUGGGCUGCCCUUAGAAGUUUUCUACAGUCGUGGUCUCCAGUUGACGAAUGCAGCAGCUGUUCGGAUCGCGAACGUCCUCAGAAGCUGUAACGGAACGCUGGAAGACGUUUUCAUCAGUACCGGACCUGUAGGUGGACCAGAUCAGGACCAUGUUAUAUUCCUGCUAGAAGCGUUGGCUGGAUGUUUUAAACUGAACUCUUUGUUUGUUGCUGGCUAUUAUUUGGGUAAGGAUGGUGGGGAGAUUUUGGCGAAGGUACUGCGGACGAACCCUUCGCUGAAGAAGGUGACACUUCGUAGAGCGAAUGAUGAUGCGAUGCUAGCAGUCAUGGAAGGUCUCCACACAAAUACCUCGCUCGAGAGCUUGGAGAUGAGUGAGAACUGCAGUUUGUCUUGCAACGUUGCCUCCGUGGUGGCAGACGUCAUGAAGGUAGACGGGUCCAUCAGAAACCUGAAUUUGAAAGCAUUAAACGUGGACGACGCUGGAGCCAAAGCGCUCGCAAGCAUGCUGAGUGUCAACAGCACUUUGAAAGAGUUGAAUUUGGAAUACAACUCUAUCACUGAGGAAGGUGCAGCAUCAUUUGCUGAUGCCAUUAGCAAGAAUACGUCCUUGGAAAUAUUAAACCUAAGUGGAAACGAUAUCAGUACCGAUACUCUACACGCACUGAAACGGGCCCUUGAAUCGAAUAUCUCUGUCAGGCUUCUAAAGCUCCGUCAAACUGGGGAGCCCAAUUCGGACACUACAAGUCGCUCAAACAGUACCGAAGAUGGCGCCAUGUUGCAACAGCUGGUUCCUGGCUUUGGAGGUGAGUCAUAUGAUGGGCACACACUCACAGUCAGCGUAUACGACGCACGUUCUUCCCUAUACCUGGGACAAGUGUUUGACGCCAUGGGUUCCAAUGACUCUGUAACAAAACUUCUCGUUAACGACGUGUCCUACAUGGACAGCUACGCUGCCAGGCAUCUAUCCGAAGCCUUUUCGAAAACCGUGUCGCUAAAGUCGGUCCGUUUUGGGUACGAAUUCGAGGGUCCAAACGUGCUCAUGGAACUGCUACGUGGACUGUCACGCAAUCGCAGUAUUCGUGAUAUUAACUUUGGGUGCGCAUUUUUUUACAAGCCGACACCGGAGAUUCUGAAAAACCUGUUCAUCGCCAACAACACCCUACGCAGCUUUCACAUACAUGAUUGCAGCAUUCGGAAGAAGGCCAUGAAACCAAUCCUGGAAGGACUCUCCGCAAACUACACGUUGACGAGCGUAGAACUCGGAGUCAUGAGCGGCAUUGAAGGAGGGGACGGAGACGAACUGCUUCAAGUGUGGGAAAUUGUUCGUCGUAAUGAGGGGCUGCUGAGCAACGCGGUUGACUUUGUUUCGAGUACGAGACAAGAUGAUUUAGCGAGGGAGGCCUAUCGCAAGCUGUGCUCAACCGUGUCACUGGUCGAAGAAGUGAUGAACAUUCAAAAUGUGUCCGAAGAUGUGGCGAGGGACAUGGUCCGUGCAGCCGGAAUGUCUGUGUGAUCAGCAGUUUUGGUGAUUUCGAAUGACUCUUUUCUUUUUCUUUCUUUUUAACGUGUUUUACGAUGUGCCUUUUUUUCAGAACCAUUCCGGGGGGUUGAGAGAUGGAAGUGGGGGACGACAGACAAAAUGCCCCUGGGGCCUCAUAGAGUGGAGCGAUAGAAUGAGAGCUGAGAGAAUUUUCAUAGUACUACAAUUUGGAAACUGUAACACAAUUUUCCUGUCUCCCUUUCCACCACUUUUAGUUUUUACUUAGAAUGUUUUUAUAGAGCUUGGACAUGCGGAACAGUUACACAAGACGAACACAUUUUGGUCAUGUCUACACAGCGAAAUGUGCGAUGGCUCGCACCUUUGGCUUGUUUUUUCUUCGUGGCAUAUUGUGCAACCUUUUUUAGCCGGCGCUUCAUGGAGGUGGGGGACGCUUCAUGUUUGUCCUGGCCUGAGGAAGCUUGGUGAUGAUUGGUGAUAGGCUCCGCCUCUCGUUUUCAACAAGUCGGGGGCGAGAACGUUGUCAUUUGGGAUGAUGGUUGGCUAGGAGCGUGCUAUGUGGUGAAACUCAGUUUUAAGAGGCUAGGAACAAAAGAAAAAAGAAAUAUAUAUAUAUAUAUAUAUAUAACGACUGGCAGUCGUUGCGUCUCUCUUUUUGGUUCCUGGUCGUUUGUGUUAUGCUGCCAUUCAUCACCAGACAUAUGUACCAACUACCCCGACAUAUUCCGAAGCGGAGCAAGUUUGCCUCAUAUGGCUUUGCCUUCACUUGUGCCUUUAAAUUUGUAUUUUCCUGCUUGUCAGCUCCAGUGCUGAAGUUUGGUGAAUCAGUUCGUAUUAAUGCUCAGUGAGAUUGUCUGACAGAGGGCUAGUGAACAUGAAUAAGUACAGAGAAGUCUUCCGAGAUCUCUCUAAUGCAGGAACUCGGUAACUUAGCCAAAUCCAAAGACAGAUGUGCAACCACCUGUGCCACACCUUCAUAUGACCAUGUGGAAAUCAGAAACACGUACAUGUUGCGUCUUCGUUGCAAAUAAAGUGAUUAUGCAAUGUUU